ACCUGCGAACCCACGCAAAGUAAUCAGAGGUGCGGUGGCGAGCGUAUUUCUAACACGAUGAGCCACACCGCCGCGCUUUAUUAUUGCCUUAUCCAAGUCUGCAAGUGCUUGAUUCUAUUAUUUGUGGGUCAUUUUAAUUUCCAGUCCGGCAUUAAAUUCAAACAGGGGUAUUUAUAUGAUGAAAUAUUGAAGGAUUUGUGAACAGAAAAUGAUCACAGGAAGGCAAAAACAAGGAUGUGUGGAAUUAUUACGAAUGCUUCCACAACAUGAAUUGAUUGGUCUGUGUGAUACAGUCACCAACAAGCUUAUUGCAUCUACUAACACAGAAGAAGCCAUUGAUGCGAUUUUGACAUAUUCCAAAACUGUUGAAGAAUUGCUAAAUCGUAAGAAGCUGAAACAUGAAAUUUUAUUUCAAUAUUUGCAUUCGAAGAAUGUUGGCGGAAUUAAUCCAAAAUGCACAAAAAUUGAACUUGUCAGUGUGAUAAUUGAUUUUUGGAGUAAGGGUGUUGUUGAAAGGAAUAAACAUUUGUCAUCACACUCAACCCAGAAAUUUUGUAUUUUAUAUAUCCUAAAUUCUUCGUGCAUUUUCACUUAUAACUACCACUCGUAUAUUAAUCCACAUGAAUUUCAGGGCCAAACUUCUCAACAAAUUACGAUUAAUUAUAACACGUUUAUACAUCAUGAGGAGAAAAAUGUAUUGAAUGUUGUGUCAGCUUCUUCCGUUGGUGAUGGAUUAGACACCGGUCAACAGUUGGCAAAAGAAUUUAUAUUAUGGUUUUAUCCAAUGCUUAAUAAUAUCAAAAAUAACCAGUCACCAGGUUGGGGAGCACAGAAUUUCUGUCCUGAUGCUGUACUUGUACUCACUGUGAUUAGAGAAGGCAAUAAUCAACAUGAAGAAAAGUUUAUUGGUGCUCAGGCAGCACAAGAAAAACUUGCCUCAUUAGUUAUGAAGGACAAUGCAGUAUUGAAUCCGAAUACAACUCCUGAAGGAUAUAGAGGAACAAUCAGUCCACAUGGUCUCGCAAAAGUUGCUGUGUGUGGAACUUUGCAUAAACUCAACGAGACUUGUAACUCACCCAAUAGACAGAUACUUAUGGGAGUUUUUGAACAAUGCUUCGGACUUGUAAGAGAUGUCAGCGACGGAAACAGAUGGAAAAUCAAAUAUACUGAUUUAAAAAUGAAACUUAUGAGUAACUACGGUCAAACACCUCAUAUGACUUUAAGUGAAGAUGUUAUAAGAGCUAUUUCUGAAUGAUACCAAUGUAUCUUCUAUUACGAUCUGAUCUGUCGCAGUUUGUUUCUGGUAAGGUGGAAAUCCAGGAUAUUUUCACUUUGCAUUUCAGGCACUACCGUUGUACAUAUAUAUGCAUAGUGUUGUUGUGGAGCAGGGGUGUGCAAUCUGCGGCCCAAAGGGAAAAAUUGUGCAGCCCGCGAGAAGUGCCAAUUUUGAGUUGUGGGUGGCCCACGAAACGGGUUUUGUAUCUGGUACGUGUGGGUAAUUCUAAUCUUUUUGUGAAGCCUAUACCUGAAUCCAAUUAUCUAUGAUGUUACAAAGCCCCCCAAUAGCUGGCAAGCAACGCAUGUCCCAAGAUCUAUAACGUAAAUCUUUGCGAGCACGGCUACUAGAAAACCUAUAAAUUAAGAUGUGGCCCGCUGUAUCUGUAUCAUAUCUGGGCUCCUGACCCUCCCUGACCCUCCUGUAUAAAAAAAGGUUACAUACACGUUGUACGUACGCACUAAGUGAUGAAGGCCUCAUUUCCGCAUGAAUUUCUAUUAUACAUACACGCUGUACUAAGUGAUGAAUCAUGCCUCAUUUCCGCAUGAAUUUCUAUCAUUUUUUAUGACUAAGUAAUAAUGAGUAAUGACAUAUCUUUCUAUCUAUUUGUAUGUAACCUGCGAAUAAAACUGAUCUACCA